GACCGCUAGUGGGCAGUCGUUCUGCGGCCGCGAGUAGCGACGCACGCGCCGGCAGUGGGUAGACGAUACAGUUUUCAAAAUUCGAAUCUGUCGAUAGUGUUGUGUUUGUGGUGUUCUAUUGUGAUUUGUGGCUUUUUGGACUGUCCUCUGUACAUAAUCGGCUUAAAGUUCAUUGUUGGAUAUAAGCCUCUCUGAAGCUUCACCAUAAGAACAAUGGACGAAGAAACAUCAUUAUAAUGACCUGAAUUCAGAAGCAAAUGAAAAAAAAUUCACUGUGAUUUAAUUUAAAUUUAAGUCAAAGAUCUCCCUAAUUUAAGCAUAAAUGAUCACAGUUGUAAAAAAGAAAUAAUUUUCCAAAAUGCCUGCAAUUUUGACAAAGAUUCGAGAGCAGGCGUCGAGGGUUCAGCCCUCGAUAGCUUUGGGGGUGGGGGUGGGGGUGGCGUUAGCUGCCUGCGCUGUCUAUGGUACCAGGGAUAAGAAGCAAACUCCGCCUUGCAACAAUAAUAAUAAUUAUAAGGUGACGAAAAACGGCAAGCUCCACUCGCCGCAGAAUGGUGCGGCUACCGGCGACACCUGCGGCGGCCGCUGCGGCGCCGAGCAGUGCGCGCUGUGCCGCGGCGACGCCGACACUGAUAAUAAGCAGAAUAUUGAAGAUGCAGACGAAACACAAUCAGUGGAGGAAUACGUGCCAGGCUUGAACCUGGAGUUCCUCCGCCAGCUGAUCUCGUUGGCCAGGAUCAUGGUGCCAGGAGUGAGGAGUCACGAGGUGGCGCUACUGUCUGCGCAUACGCUGUGCCUGUUCACAAGGACUUUCCUGUCUAUCUAUGUGGCUUCGUUAGAAGGAUCUAUUGUGAAACACAUAGUCCAAAAAGACAUGCGACGCUUCGCAGCCCUCCUACUCCAAUGGUUCGGCAUAGCUGUUCCGGCUACCUUCAUCAAUUCCAUGAUCAGAUACCUGGAGAGCAGACUAGCCCUCGCCUUCAGGACCCGGCUGGUCAACCAUGCUUAUGACUUGUACUUCAAGAACCAGACUUACUAUAGGGUUGCCAAUUUAGAUGCUAGGAUUGAAAAUGCUGAUCAUAGGUUAACAGAAGACGUGUCAGUGUUCACGCAAUCAGUGGCACACUUGUACAGCUCGCUGACGAAGCCGUGCUUCGACCUGCUCCUCAUAGUCCUGACCCUCGCUACCUACUCCAAUAAGAUGAAGGGCAAUAUCUUUAUUGGACCCAGCAUAGCAACAGUAGUGAUCUGCAUGACCGGGCAACUCCUCAGACUGCUGAGUCCAAGGUUCGGUGCUCUGGCCGGGGAGGAAGCACGCAUGAAGGCCAACUUGAGGCAUGUUCAUGCAAGACUGAUUGCCCAUGCUGAGGAGGUGGCGUUCUAUGGUGGACAUAAGGUGGAACUAGGCCAGCUCCAAGCGGCCUACAAGGAGCUAGUAGCCCAGAUGACGUCCGUCUUCAACAAGAAGCUCUGGUACGUGAUGCUGGAGCAGUUCUGCAUGAAGUACGUGUGGUCGGGGACUGGGAUGGUCAUGCUGGCACUGCCUAUUCUGACGGCCACGCAUUCGCAGAGAGAUGGAAGCAGUAUAAGUGACCGAGCGGAAUACAUGACGACGUCUAGGAAUCUGCUCAACUCGGCCGCCGACGCUAUCGAACGACUCAUGUCCAGUUACAAGGAAAUAGUAACACUAGCAGGCUACGCGACCCGAGUCUCAGACAUGUUGGUCGUCUUCAGCGAAGUGGCGCGAGGUCAAUGUGUGCGCAGCGUGCACGUGACGGCUCCUCACGCCGCCUUCCAGGUCACCUUCCGCGACAACCGACCCGUGCCGCAAGGUAAAAUAAUCUACACAAGCGACCACUCUAUCCGCCUGCGCGGCGUGCCGGUCGUGACGCCCGCCUGCGACGUGGUGUGUGGCGGCGUCACGCUCCACAUCGAGCCCGGGACACAUCUGCUUAUAGUCGGGCCUAAUGGAUGCGGGAAGUCGAGUUUAUUCCGCAUAAUCUCCGGUCUAUGGCCGGUGUUCGGCGGUGAGCUGCACGUGCCGCGACCCUGCGCCUGCGCACACUGCGCAGACGACACCAACUUCAACGACACCGGCUCUUGUACUUCUAGGCCUAUCAUGUUCUAUAUACCGCAGAGGCCAUACAUGUCAAUGGGCUCUCUAAUAGACCAAGUGACGUACCCGUCCCGCGCCAAAGAAGGCGACGUCGCCGCAGAACGUCGCGCCGCACAUAUACUGAAGCUUGUCCGCCUCGACGCCGCCGCCGCCAGGCACGGCGGGCUGUGGGCCGUCCGGGACUGGCGGGCCACGCUGUCCGGCGGGGAGAAGCAGAGGAUGGCCAUGGCCAGGAUGUUCUACCACAGGCCUGUAUACGCGCUACUAGACGAGUGCACGAGCGCGGUCUCCAUGGAGACGGAGGUUGUUAUGUACGAGGAAGCCGUCAAGGAAGGCAUCACGUUGCUCUCCAUCACACAUAGGCCUAGUGUCUGGAAAUACCACACCCACGUGCUAGAAUUCGACGGCGCCGGCAACUGGUCGUACCGCCCCCUGGACAGCGACGCCGCCCCCAGCACUCUGCCCCCGCGAGCUCUGCCCGCCCCCACUACACCCACUGAUGGGGAGGUUCCUGAACACUGACAUAUGCCUGCACCCCAGGGGUAAGGGUAGUAGAAACUGAAAUAAUAGAAAACUAUAUUUAGGGGGGCGUUUAGACCAAACAAACAAAAAUCUAGAGCUAGAAUAUAGUAUUUUUGGCCCAGUUUCACUGGUUACUGGUAAAUUGUCAGUUAGUUAUCUGAUGGUUAGGGCUGCGCCCCAGGGGUAAGGGUUAAAGCUCUUGUUAGGGAGCCUGAAAUGAUAAGACAAAAAUUGUGUUUGUUUAUACCAAACAAACAAAAAUCAAGAGCUAAAAUACAGUAUUUUUAGGCUCGUUUUCACUAGUUACCUAUAAAUUGACAGUUAGUUAUCCGUUAGUUAGUGCUAUCUGACAGAUAACGCCCCUGAUAGGCUAUCAGACUAUCACAACACCCCCCUUUGAUGGGGGAACUACUGAACACUGACAUAUGCCUGCACCCCAGGGGUAACGGAUAACGCUCUUGUAGACCGGAUUUUGUAAAACUGAAAUGAUAAAAUACAUAGCUAUUUUAGGGGCUAUAUUGCUUUUGGACCAAAAUAAUUAGAUAUUUUUUUCGCAAAAUGUUUUCCCUAAGAUGUUUAAAAGUUCAAGAAUGUCGUUGUUUUUCUGUGGUAUCAAAUUCUGUUGCGGCUUAGGUGAAUAACUUAAUAAUUGAUUUAUUGAUUUUGGUUACUAGAGAUCUCUUGUAAGCAACAGAUAGAAUGUUGAAAUCAACAGUUGUAAACAAUGUUUCAAACAGAGCAUUAUUUCGUUGUUCUCUCUUAAAAUAAUUUGGUAGGAUGAGAUAAUUUGCUCGUUUGGUUUAAACGUACCCCUAUAAUAUGUACAGGUUUCUGAAACAAAUAGGUACUAUAACGGAAGCUACAUAAAAUGUGUAGGUCUUGAAAAGUGGUGUUAUACAUAUAGGUACUUUAUAUAAGUCACUUGAGAUGUGAAUAUAAUAUGUGUCUUACUGGGAUCCAAACUACUAAAAAAUGUUGGAUGAAAAGUGAACCUUAAUUCCUCUAUCUAGAAUCGAAAAUUACAUGUAUUUUGUUUGAUCGAUUUUUUGUAAAUUCUACUUAUUAUAGCAUCUCAGUAAACAAGCUCCUAUAAGCUAUGGAAGUCAGACCAAUUUAUACUAAAUAAAAUGCAUUUCAUUUUCAACCUUAUGUCAAUGGCAUAGACCACUGUAUGCGCUACCACACUUUAAUAUAUUCUAAACUUAUAUUAUUAUGUCUCGAUUCUCAGUACUUUAAAUCUGGCUAGUUUUAUGACCUUGAAAUCCUUUUUACUAAUUAAUACUUAGACAUGAACUAUCUGGAAUUAGCAAAACUGUGAUUGGUGCAAUUAAUCUUUAUAUGGAAUUUAUAUAAACAAAGAAACUUACAGAAAGCAUAUUCAAAUUAAAAAUAAAUGCAGAAAUUGGCUUCCAUCAUUAAAUUAAUUACUUAAUGGAAAUAAAAAUACAAGUAGACCAUUUUGUUUAUAUAAAUACCACAUAAAGUUAAUCAGAUUAAAAUAACAUAACCUAUCUGACAUGAAGUUACCAUCAUUUUAAAUAAGGCCCUUAAAAGUUAAUCAUAUUGGCAACUAUUUAGUACAUAAGUAACUUAUCGACCAAAUACAGACCACAAUAUUAUUCUAAAUAACUCCGUAGACUCACAGUAGUAGCUAUAUUUCAAUUUACACUUAUAUAAAAAUCUGUGAACAUUUUGAAAGCACUUUUGGUAGACAAAUACCUAUUAAAUAUUCUGCAGCUAAGAUAGACAUAUUAGACUCGAUCCAAAUUUUAUAUAAUAAAAAUAAAUAAAAAACUUAAUAAUACAUAAAGUUUGGGUAAAAUUGCUAAAUCAAGACUUUGGUUAAGUCAAAAUUAAGUAAAAGUACAUAUAUGUUUUGUCUCAGGAGAACGGGUGAUAAAACAUAUAUAAAAGGGAUGUACAUAAUAUAAAGUAUAUAAGGGUAUUACUGACAUACUUUUUCAAUUCACUAAAAUUGGUACACUACAAAGUACUUUCUAAAAGUUUGUUAUAAUCUUGAUAAAUGUGAAAUUUAGUUUUGUCAGUCUCUUUUUCAUACUUUCAAGCUAAAAUGGCUGUACUAUUAAAAAUGAAAUUUGGUGAAAAGUGCAAGUUAAACUGUUAGAAGCACCUAGUUGUAUGAUAACUGUCAAUAUGUAUGUUGUUAGUGGUCAAAAAUAAGUCUUCAAGACUUAUUUGUAAUUUAAAAUAAUACAUCUAUGGAUUACCUAUGGUAUGAAGAAAGAAUUUAAAUGGUGAUUAGAACACGGCUUUUUAAAAUCCGUCUUAUAAGGUUUUUUAUUUAAACAAAAACCAAGUUUUAAAUAAUGGCAGAUUUUUAAAGCCGUUUUAAAGUAUUUUAUAUCAAUUUUAAUUUGAUGGAUUUGACAACAUGGUUUUUGGCAGUCUGAAACGUCUGAGAUUGAUAAAAUGAGAUUUUUUUAAAUACACUCCAUAUUAUGAGAUUUUAAUUUUUUUAUGAAAUUGGUUUUUAAUAUAGCGCAUUUUAACUAGUAGUUUCAAUUUACCCUAUAUAAUAUGUUAUACCUAUAAGAAUCCGAUGAAGUAGGUAUGUAACCGAAUUAAAGUUUGACAACUUUUCAUUAUGAAAAUACAAUAAUUAAGUCGUCAUUAAAUUGCAAAUAACAUACUAAAAACUUAUAAAAACAACAAGGAACUAAAUAUAGACCUCGAUAAAUAAAUUAGACCACUUUGGUUACCCCCAAGUCGAACUAUGUCAAGUCAUUCUAAUUAAACUUAUUGCGCAUCACUGAUUCUUGCAUCAGAAAAACAAUUAAUCUUGAACCAUAUAAUUAUAAUCACAAAUCAUUAAUUAACUUAAAUUACGAAACGUUUCUACUGAUUAAACCAUUUUCUCAAUGUCCCUCAGUUGAAAUAAACACCAGUUAAUAUAAUUAGUUAAAUGUUAUAAUUAUUUUUUUAUAAUUUUAAUAUUUUAUUGUGAGAUUAUCAAUCAUGGCUGUUAGAUAUUGUUUUUAUUUUGGAAAAUUUUGUAUUAUAAAUAAAAGUGCGUUUUGAAUGCCAACUGCUGACCACACUUGCAGCGACUGUAUGAAAACAAUUGAUAUAAGGGCGACUGCACGUGCUGCUGCCGCUUCGAUCCAAAACGGUUUCAUGUAAAUACAUACAAACCAGCUGCGGCCGACUUGUGCGGUCGGCAGUUGGCAUCCAAAACGUACCUUAAGGUAUAACAUAUCGAAAUUUAAGGACAUUAUUUUUUGUAUAUUUAUUUUGGUAUUGUCAAUGUGUGUAUAUUGUAAAUAUGAUAGUAUUACGUUCAGUUACAGAGGUUAUUAUGGGAGAUAGAUGAGAAAUAAAGUGGGUUUUAUAUGAG